ACCAUGUAACACCUUACAAAAACACGUCUAAACAUGCGUAUUACAUCACGUUGUAUAAAACGGAAUAUAAUUUUAAUUUUUAGUGUUAUAUAUUAUCAUCUUAAUCUACGACGUUUAUCAAUUUAAGACACAAAUGAUAGAAGGAAGUUUAAUAUUAUAUAAUGAACAGAUUGAUAACUAUGACACAGAACCGAAUAUUUCCGGACCUAUUGAUUUGGUCUAUUUGUGGGUAAAUGGAAGUGACCCAAAAGUCAUAUUAGAAAUGAAACGUCAAAAGGCUGUAGAAGAUUUUGGAAAAUACAACAAAUCUUUAAGCUGCAGAUUUCAGUCCGUCAUGGCAGAAUCCUUUCACGUGAUAGUAGUAUAUCCGGCGUUACAUUCUACAAGAAUACUUCUAGAAAAUAACAAUAUUGAGUUUAUUUCUAAUGUUACUGAUAAAGAUAUGGUGUAUAGUAUUAUUAUUCCAAAACAAAUGAAUGAAAUUACAGGUAUAAUGAACACCCUGACUGUGAUAGAAGGACAUACUUACAUCAGUAUGUGUGGCAGUAUUUGUAGUGAAAACAGAUCUCAAGUGAAGAAAACACUAAAAAAUCUGUACAUUGUAACAACUAACGAUAAAAAGACGAUCACUGUCAUCAAGCAAAGGCUAAGUGAGAUUGGUGCGAGCUAUGUUUUAAAACAGCAUUUAAAUGUGAAAGCAGGAAAGUAUAUCAUGAUAUGUUACAAACAACGUGCUUUCAGUAAUAUGUUCAACCAGACAAUUGAAGACUUAAAACAAUUCGACCUCGAUAUCAAACCUGCCAAUUUAGUCUGGGAUACAGAUUCAAUUAAAAUAGAGGGACUCCCAAAUGCUAACAGAUAUGCGGAGAAUAAUCAGUUGAUAUAUUCCAUAAGAUCUGUAGAGAAAUACGCACCUUGGAUUCGACAUAUUUAUAUUGUAACCAAUGACCAGACUCCAAGUUGGCUCAACACAUCAAAUGAGAGAAUUGCGGUAAUAAGCACGAAGGAGAUAUUUCCAAACCCGGAUGAUUUGCCGACUUUCUCGUCCCCUGCUAUUGAAAGUUAUAUGUAUCGUAUUCCUGGUUUAUCAGAAACAGUCCUCUUCAUGUGCGACGAUUUCAUUUUUGGACAGCCAGUCACUUUACGUGAUUUUUAUACCUCAGAGGAGGGGUAUAAGAUUAAAUGGGGUGCAGCCUUGCGCCUUGCUGGUUUAGAUGCUUUAACACGUUGCUAGGUAACGGUAAAUGUGACAGGUCAUGUGACAACAUCAGUGUGGCUGGGAUCAUGGUGAUUGAUAAGAAAUAUAACUCGUGCUCAUAUUAAACAAAUGUAUCCAUUGUUUUUUAUGGCGGAAACUUUAAGGGAUCUAUAUAUAACACAAUUGCAAUGUUUAACAGGCUUCGGUUGAACAAUGAUGGCGUAGUUCAUUUUAAUUUCCCACCACAUAGACCGUUGCUGGUGAAUAGACAAAUUGCUGGUGAUCUUUAUGAAACAUUUCAUGAAGAGUUUAAGAUGUCAUCAUCCAUCCAUUUCCGUUCACAGUUCAAUGUUCAAUACACAAUGGCGUAUCUACUUUAUAUUACCACAACACAUGUAAAAUUGACACCAGAAAAUGUUUUUGAUGAAUUGGAUAAAAAUAAAACCGGGCAAGUAUGACGAACAGUUAUGAAAUAAUGAUAAGAACUUAUAUUUCGUCAGUCACUAAGCUUUGGACAACAAAAUUAUAUUUUAAAAUAAAUUUUGGCUACUUUCAGAUGAGAACAAUAAUUUCUGACAAUUUUCUCAUUUUAAAACUUAAAAAAAAACUAGUGAAAGGUUUACUGUUGGUCACCGCUUAUAUCCUUUGCUGCAAUAUUUAUGUAUCAAAGAUAAAAUAAUAUCCAGAAACAAACAAGCAAACAAAAAAAA